GGAGGAGGGGGAGCGGGAAAAACGGGAGCGGCGGGAAGAACAUCGGGAAGCUCGGGAGCCGCCGCCUGCAGGUCUCCGGAGCCCAGCUUUCCCGCGCCCCGAGGACCAGGAGGGAGCCCGGCCCAGCCGCGGGCCCCCGCCCGAUGCACGUGCAAUCAUGGUGGAAAUUAAGAAGAUCUGCUGCAUUGGGGCUGGCUACGUAGGAGGACCCACCUGCAGUGUCAUUGCCCAAAUGUGCCCCAAUAUCCAGGUGACUGUCGUUGAUGUCAACGAAUCCAGAAUCAACGCGUGGAACUCCAGCACGCUCCCCAUUUAUGAGCCAGGACUGAAGGAAGUGGUAGAAUCCUGUCGAGGGAAGAAUCUCUUCUUCUCUACCAACAUUGACGAUGCCAUUAAAGGCGCCGACCUUGUAUUCAUCUCUGUUAACACCCCAACAAAAACUUACGGGAUGGGGAAAGGCCGGGCCGCCGACCUGAAGUACAUCGAAGCUUGUGCCCGGCGGAUCGUGCAAAACUCCAACGGCUACAAGAUCGUGACAGAGAAAAGCACGGUCCCAGUACGGGCAGCCGAGAGCAUCCGACGGAUAUUUGACGCCAACACCAAACCCAACUUGAACCUGCAGGUGCUGUCCAAUCCCGAAUUCUUGGCGGAAGGAACAGCCAUUAAGGAUUUGAAGAACCCGGAUCGAGUACUGAUCGGUGGCGACGAGACCCCGGAGGGACAGAAAGCAGUCCGCGCCCUUAGUGCCGUCUAUGAACACUGGGUUCCCAAAGAAAAGAUCCUCACGACCAACACCUGGUCUUCAGAGCUCUCCAAACUGGCAGCAAAUGCUUUUCUUGCCCAGAGGAUCAGCAGUAUAAACUCCAUCAGUGCUUUGUGUGAAGCUACAGGGGCUGAUGUGGAAGAAGUAGCCACAGCCAUCGGGAUGGAUCAGAGGAUUGGGAAUAAGUUUCUGAAAGCCAGUGUUGGGUUUGGUGGGAGCUGUUUUCAGAAAGAUGUCCUGAAUUUGGUUUAUCUCUGCGAGGCACUGAACCUGCCGGAAGUAGCACGUUAUUGGCAACAGGUGAUAGACAUGAACGACUACCAAAGAAGGAGGUUUGCUUCUAGGAUCAUAGAUAGUCUGUUCAACACAGUCACGGACAAGAAGAUCGCUAUUUUGGGAUUUGCCUUCAAAAAGGACACUGGAGACACAAGGGAGUCGUCCAGUAUCUACGUCAGCAAGUACCUGAUGGACGAGGGCGCUCACCUCCACAUCUAUGACCCCAAAGUGCCCCGGGAACAGAUUGUGGUGGAUCUCUCGCACCCCGGCGUCUCUGAAGAUGACCAAGUGGCUCGCUUGGUGACCAUCUCGAAGGACCCCUAUGAAGCUUGCGACGGGGCCCACGCUGUAGUUAUUUGCACCGAGUGGGAUAUGUUUAAGGAGCUGGAUUAUGAGCGCAUCCACAAAAAGAUGCUGAAGCCGGCCUUCAUUUUCGAUGGCAGACGGGUCCUGGAUGGACUUCACAAUGAGCUUCAGACCAUUGGCUUCCAGAUUGAAACGAUCGGCAAGAAGGUGUCAUCGAAAAGAAUUCCCUACGCUCCUUCGUGUGAAAUUCCAAAGUUUAGCCUUCAAGAUCCGCCAAGCAAGAAACCCAGAGUGUAGGGCUCAUCAAGAGCACCUCAGUGUGUCUGGUUUGUACUAUGGGAUCAUGAAUUCCUCCCUCUUCCCUUCACGCCCCCCUCCAUUAGGUAGCAAAAACCAUGCGCUUUAGGGAAACUAACUAUUUUUGAGUGAUUAACCCACCUUUUCCCUACCUGUGGCAGCAAACGCAGUAGUUCUUUCUGUAUCUAGAGUCUAUUUUCUAUUUUUAUAAUGCUGUUCGAUUAUUGAGACAAAGGGGGAGCCCUAGUGAUUUUUAAUGGUCUUUUUUAAAAAAUAAAAGUCAUUCUCCUACAACUCUUGCUUUCUAAAAAUGUCCAGAAGCUUCUUCUUCAUUCCCCCCCAUUAAAGAGCACAAGACCUGUAGAGUGGUUCCCCCCAGAGUCGACUAUCCCUCUUCCCCCAUCCCUUCCCCCUGCAAGCUAACCCAAAGUGUCAAAAGGCACCUCAGGGCCGGGCUGAGCUUGCUUAAUUAGUGGAUAUGCCUGACCAAAGUCUCCUCAGGAGACACUGAGGGUCAGAGUGGACCCCCAGUUGAAUAGGAAUCAUCAGUGUGAAUCCAACAUGGGGCUGGGGAAGAGCGGCAAAGUAUCAGACGUCCAGAGAGGCCAGGCCCUGCCCUGCUCGGACCGGCAUGAUUGCGGGCCUCCAUUCAGGUGUCCACCCUCUAAGCCGGAUGUGGAGACACUGGAGAGUCUAAAGUAACUUCAGUGAUGAGAGGGGAGGGAAAGGCAGUUCUCCGAGGAAAAGCUAAAGGAACUGGGGCUGUUUUAGCCUGGAGAAAGAGCUGACUGAAGGGACUAAUUACUGCCUUCAAGUGCCUGAAGGGUUUGAAAGAGAUUCUGACUCGCUGUUCUCCAAGCAAGGGAACAUGGGUUUUAAUGACAGGGGAAGAGAUUGUUGGUGGGAGAGAAGGAAAAACUUCCAGGCUUUUCGGGAUUAAGAACUAGAAUGGCUGACUGCUGGUGGGGGGGUGGGGGGGUGGGGGGUUCCUUCCCUGAGGAAAGAUCAGCCAGUCAUCCUUGAAAGCUCACCUGGAAGGAGGCAGGGGGUUGGCCCAGAUGACCCCCCAGGUUCCUGCCAGCCCCGAGACUCUUAUACACUUUUUUCAGAGCCCUAUUUGGGGUAGAACUUGCACUCAGCUCAGAGGAGGAGAAGGCAUCUGUCCCAGGUAGGCUCAAAGGCAGAAUCCGCCAAGUCUGCCCUGUGUGGCAAACUUUCUGUAGCAAAGUGCUAUUUUCUUGGCCCUGUCCCCAGUGGCAGGUAUUCUCAACUGGGGUAAAAUGUGUAAUAUGGGGAGAAAUUGGGUGGCGGCAGAAGGCCCGCCUCCCCCGUCCAACCCGCCCUUCUUAUGCCAGGGAUUGCACUGCUACGAAAACGGGAAUCAUUUUCAUUUCCCCGGAGGUAACCCGAGGGUCACUUAGAUCCCAUGACUUCCGAUGGUCUGUCAUUCCUGCCGUGAUUUUUUGAAAAUCGUACUUCACUUCUGUUGUUCGAGCUUUAAUGCCUCCAGCUGGGUGUGUAAAGAACUGUCUGAAGAACUGAGGCUCUUCUAAGACUCGAUACAGAUGUGCCAAAUCCGUGAGCACAGACAACUGUAAGACAAUGGACCCUUCGAAUAAAAUACUCCCCUCGUGUCUA